UGCCAACUGGUGCUAAGUGUAACGUAAUACUUCUUUUGUUUCAUUUUUAACAGGAAUGAGGAGGAAUAAUGUCACUCACAGAGGUAUACUGUUUAGUAAACCGAGCUCGAGGAAUGGAAUUGCUCUCGCCAGAAGAUUUAGUGAAUGCGUGCAAGAUGCUGGAAGCGCUGAAAUUACCUCUCAGGCUCCGAGUUUUCGACAGCGGCGUCAUGGUAAUUGAGCUUCAGGCCCACAAGGAAGAGGAAAUGGUGGCCUCAGCCUUGGAGACAGUUUCAGAAAAGGGAUCCCUAACGUCAGAAGAGUUUGCCAAGCUCGUAGGAAUGUCUGUCCUCCUGGCCAAAGAACGGUUGCUUCUUGCAGAGAAGAUGGGCCAUCUUUGCCGAGAUGAUUCCGGAAGCUUGCGAUUUUACCCAAAUUUAUUUAUGACACAGAGCUAA